AUGGUUAGUUUGGUGGCCCUGCAGGGGCAACAAGUACCAAAUUUUGUACCGCCACAAACGCAAGAUGGCAGGCAAGGUAGAGAUCUGCUGGAUUGGAUAGGUUUAGGAACUGGACCCGAACAAGAUCCUUAUUUAGCUAAAACAAAUGCGCAAUGCUUAACUGGAGAUUUGGCAUCUUGCUUUCAAAGCAGAGCAUUGGCGUCACUUGAUGAUUUUUUCAAUCAGCCUGCCUAUGGAUUGACUGAAAGAGCUAGAGUUCUAAGGCUUCCUGAGGAGCAUUUGAGAUCUCUUGGGACGGAAAAUUACGAAUACUCUUCUUCACCAAGAUCUGAAGAUUCUGAAUGGGAUUCUUUAGUGAAAUUUGGCAUGAGAAAGGUUGAAAAGUUUCUCAAAUCCACCGCAAUCGAAGUUGAUUUUGACAAUGAAGUCACAGAAAGAGGACGAUACUCACCCCGUUUUAUUGAUGAAAUCGCCGAUGAAAUUGAUGUCAUUGAAGACAAAAAAGAUUCAAUUUUUAGUAAAAAGAAAACAAUUGAAGAAGCUAUUCAUUCCAAUGCUCCUGAUUUUGAAAAUUUUCAAGCUGAAACUGCUGCUUUUCUUACCACUUAUUUUAGGAUUGGCCUCAUUCAAGAAGUUGUUGAGCUUCUUUGCCAUUAUUAUUCCAGAGAGCAACCCAGUUUCGUUCAACCAGCGUACCAUGAAGAAUAUUCUCAAGGAAACGGGUUUAGUUUUAGAGACGAAAACGCUGCUCAAAACUUGGCCUAUAAUGGCUGGAAUAAUGGACAAUUCAGAAAUUCAGGAAAAGAUAUCCAAGCAGAGCCAGAAUCAACGUCAAAAAAAUCGAUUUUGCCUGAUUCGUGA